UUCCUCUUCUCCCCACCUUACUCUUCAUCCUACUCUUCAUUUCUUUUUUUUCUUUUCUUUCAUUCUUUAUCAUAACGCUCUCGCUUGCAAGUGCUUAACGAUCCCCUUCCUGCCCAACACCACACUCCCCAUUGAUUUGUUUCCUCAUCCUAUCACUUAUUCAUCCGUCCUUCUUCAUCUCCAAUCCUUCUGUCGAUCUACUAAUAAUUUUUUUUUCCUCCACACUUUUUUGCUUAAAGUCAAUGUCGAUGUCAAACACUAUCAGAAUUAUGCUAAUCCUUGCCGGUAUAAUUGCAUGUUUCCAACCACUGGCACUGGUCCUGGCUCAAACUCAGUCAGCAGUUCCGACUAGGGGUGCUCCUCUACCACCCUCAAAUCAGAACACACCAGGAUUGGCUGUCGUCCCGUCUAACGGAAUGGCCAUUUAUCAAGAGUCAAUCGUGUAUAUUUCGGCUGUGAUUGGGGGAAGGCCUAUCAGCUCUGCCUAUAUCUCGAUUUCUAAGGCAGAGAGUUCCUCCAAUACCACCAUUGCCGAUAUUAAAGGUCUAUCUAUAAGACGCUUGGUUCAAUCCUGGAAUGUCACCGCUGCUGACUAUCCUAUUGGUGAUUACUACCUACAAUUGAUUGUUACACCUAAUACAACCAGCAUUAUUCCCCCUCUAGUGGUGUCGACAACAGGAACACCCGCUCCUCUUGAAAAGAAGGGAUCAUCCAGCUCUGCUGCAGCUCUUGUGACCUUUGGUAGCAGCACCGGCGCUGGCGCUGGCGUUAUAGGAUCUUUGAAUAUGCGUGCUGGAUUAAUGGCUAUCCUUCAAAAGAUGAGCAUUGCCUUAGGAGCGCUAGCACUCGGAUGUAUCAUCACUCUUUGAUUUUCUUUGGUGACCAAGAACAGAA